ACUAGCUAAUUAUUCUAAAGCGAAUAUCAAAGUCGGGAAAUAACAACGCUUCAGCGGCGACAGCGCUGCCGACGUCGCUGCCUCACUCGUUUUUUCCACUCACUUGUUCCAUUUUUUUUUAACGUACGCACCAGCAUCCCCGAAAAUAUGCUAAAAUCCGAGGUGCAACACCAAUUUUGGAUCACCAAGAAGGCGGUGCAGCGCAAGCUGGGCUCCAAGGAGGACAAGCACAUCAUUUCCUCGGACGCGGAGCUCGACGCCAAGAUAGAGGUUUUCAAAUCAAUAUCGGACACCAGCCUGGAGCUGUGCAAGAUAAUAGACCAGUACCAGGAGCGUCUGUGCAUUCUGUCGCAGGAGGAGUGUGUCUUUGGACGCUUCCUCAAAGAGGCGGGCAAGCGUAGCAAGACGACGGGCAACAGCAUCAACCACACGGCGAAGGCCAUGUCCUUUGCGGGGCAGCAGCGGAUGUGUGUGCGGGUGCCACUGCUGCGACUGCAGCACGAGGUGGAUGUGUUUCGCUGUCGCGCCGUCAAGGAUACGGAGGGCACGCUGCAGAACAUGGAGAAGGAGCGAACGGAGUACCGUGCGGCCCUCUGCUGGAUGAAGUCGGCCAGCCAGGAGCUGGACCCCGACACGGGCAAGGGCCUGGACAAGUUUCGCACUGCCCAGGCACAUGUGCGCGUGGCCAAGCACAAUUUCGAUGGCUACUCCUUGGACUCUAUCCAGAAGAUUGAUUUGCUGGCUGCUGCACGCUGCAACAUGUAUUCGCAUGCUUUGGUCGCCUACGUGGCAGAGCUGAAGAGCUUCGCGCAGAAGGCCGCCUCCACAUUCCAGACGAUAUCCAAUGCGCUGAUUGCCAAGCCCAAGUACGACUUUUGUGUGCUGAAGGAACUGUCCCAAAAUGAGGGCCCCAACGAGGAGGUGCCGCCCAUUGAGGCUGUCGAUAAGGAUCAGUCGCUGUUCUUUGCUAGUGAAUAUCAAGACAAGCCAGAGUCGAAGCAGCCGCCUGCCAGUGCGGAGAUACAGGCAGAGCCAGCCGCCGCACCCGUCUGCGGUGACAAUGAGUCGCUGCUCAUCGAACUCUCCAAGCAGCUGGAGGAGGAUAGUCCGCUGAUCGAUGCUGCUGUGGAGCAGGAUUCCCCACUGAUGGAUGCCAAUCACACGAGCAACAGCAACAGCAAGUUCUGGGCACGCAUGUUCAAUCAGCCACAGCAGCAGCCGCAGCAGAAGCCCAUGCCAACCACCACAGCCACGAAGACCGCCAGCGCCAGCAAGUCCCAGACGACCAACAAUCCCUGGCUGGAUCUAUUCGCUGAUUUGGAUCCCCUCGCCAAUCCGCAGGCGUUCGAUCUAAAACUGAGUGGAGGACGCAGCGUGGCGGAGCAGACAUAAGAUUGGCCCAUCCAAUCUGAAUCUUACAUCUACAUAAAUAUAUCUUUGCAUACCUGUGGAAAUUAGCUAGUCAAAACGGAAGGAGAAUCUUUGGAUGUAACUUUUCGCUAAACGUUCAAAAAACUUUUUAUGUUUUAUUUAAAUAAAA